UUUGUGUGGAGAUGAGGAGAGACUGAGAUGUGUUUCUUGCUUAUCACGAUUCACAUCGAGCUUCCACCAGCUGAGGAUGCUGCUGAACGGAGCGAUUUGAAGCUACGAUCACCUCCGACAGCUGCGUUGUUUUCACUCCUGCUGAAUGCAUCUCCUUCCAUUUGAUGCAUUAUUUUUUAAAAUUCUUAAAAAUUUUUGGGGACACUAUGAGAGCCAAUGCAUUCCGGGUGCAUUCCUGCUGCUGCUGGCUGGGACUAUGAUUUAUCAGCUUUGUUCUCAUGACUGACUUGCGCUCGUUGAGUCGCGCCGAAGCGGGAGAGAGCAGCGGUGAAUCCUCUUUAACUUUCUCCAGCCUCAUCUUCGACGAUUCCAGCUGCAGCAGGUACUUUGUGCACUUGAGCUGUGUGUAGGUGUGGAAGCAGCCAUGUGGAGCAGAGAAAGCGCUUCUUUACUUCUGGUCUGCCUGCUGGCGCUCACAGCUUUCUGGAAAACCAGAUCAGUGAAUGCCGACGCCACAUCUGAUGCCUUUAAGACCAACAUCACCCUGUUCACUCGCAUCCUGGACAGCCUGCUGGAUGGAUAUGACAACCGUCUGCGACCUGGUCUUGGAGACAGGGUAACUGAGGUGAAGACGAACAUCUACGUCACCAGCUUUGGACCAGUUUCAGACACAGACAUGGAGUACACCAUAGAUGUUUUCUUCCGGCAAACCUGGAAGGAUGAAAGGUUGAAAUUUCACGGACCGAUGAACAUUCUGCCCCUCAACAACCUGAUGGCGAGUAAGAUCUGGACUCCAGACACCUUCUUCCACAACGGGAAGAAGUCUGUGGCUCAUAACAUGACGAUGCCGAAUAAACUGCUGAGGAUCAAAGAUGACGGGACGCUGCUGUACACCAUGAGGUUAACUGUGCAUGCAGAGUGCCCAAUGCAUCUGGAGGAUUUCCCCAUGGACUCUCAUUCCUGUCCACUAAAAUUUGGCAGCUAUGCCUACACAAUCUCAGAAGUGACUUAUGCUUGGACUAAAAAUGCGUCAGACUCUGUUGUGGUGGAAGGUGAAAGCUCUCGGCUGAACCAGUACGACCUGCUCGGACAAUCGGUCGGACAAGAAACUAUCAAAUCAAGCACAGGUAAGCUUUUGCGGAGGUCUGGAGUGAAUUAAAUCCACUUCAUGACU